ACACUAGGAGUCGCCGGUAACUGCAGAUUUCCCGUCGAGGUUAUGCGCCAUAUUGGCAGUCUCCUCCAUCUCACCAAUCGUCGAGCAUGCAUGUCUCGAACCGGUUAUUGAGGAGAUAUCUGUAAAUAUUUACAGUAACCUGCAAGCCGCUAAACAACACUAUGGAGGCCGUCAAAUCAUUUAACAAUGAGCUGUACUCAUUAAAUGAGUACAAGCCGCCCAUCUCCAAGGCCAAGAUGACACAGAUCACCAAGUCAGGAAUCAAGGCCAUAAAACAGCUCUCCCAGCUCCCCCAAAGCACUGAAAAUGAAGCAGGAGGAUGGGGUGGAGAGAGUUACAAAGAGAUAAAGAGAAUCCCUAACCAGCUUAGUUUUACAAGCACGUUGUCCAGAGUGUGGAGAAGUUCAUACAAAAGUGCAAACCAGAAUACAAGGUUCCAGGGCUGUAUGUCAUCGACUCAAUUGUCAGACAGUCACGACACCAGUUUGGAACGGAGAAGGAUGUGUUCGCCCCACGCUUCAGCAAGAAUAUUAUUCCGACGUUCCAGCACCUCUACCGCUGCCCUUCAGAUGAUAAGAGUAAGAUAGUGCGAGUGCUGAACCUGUGGCAAAAGAAUGCUGUCUUCAAAAGUGACAUCAUCCAGCCCCUGCUGGACAUGGCUGCAGGGAUUGCCCCUCCAAGUGUCACACCCGUCAUGCCCAGCAGUGCUGCUCCAGUCAACAACACUACACCUGGUACCCCUGCUACCCCUGCUACUCCUGCUAAUAUUGUCCAGGGUCUGCCUGAUUGGGCGUCCCAGAUUACCAACACAGACACUGUUGCUGCUGUGGCACAGAUCCUACAGAGUCCCCAAGGACAACAGCUGCAGCAGCUGGUACAGAGUCUACAGAUGCAGCAGCAAAAGCCCCAACCGUCCCUGCUGCAGGCCUUGGAUGCUGGCCUGGUGGUACAGUUGCAAGCUCUGACAGCUCAACUCACUGCUGCUGCUACUGCUAACAGCCUCAACCCACUGGAGCAGAGGGUGUCCUCGUUUAAUAAGAAACUCUUGGGCCCUUUCGAUUUUGGGAAUGAUUCUGAACGUGGUGAAGAAUCAAAAAAGGACUCGUCAUCAUCUCAACUGCCCAUGGUGUCUGAGCCCAUGAACAGCUCCCUCUUCCAUCAGUUGGCUGAGCAGCUACAGCAGCAGAACCUGGAGCAGUUUCAGAAGCAGCUUUUAGAGCACCAGCAGCACCAACAGAAGGCAUUAGGCUUAGAGGGGCAGGACUCGAUCUUUGGGCAGGAAAACUCUGUUGCGACUGGUCAGAGCAGCAGCCAGCAACAGCUCCCUGAGCAAGACAGCAAGGUAGAUGACUCCAUAGACAACCAACAGCAGGACAUGGAUCUGGAUGAGGGCCCUGAUGGUAUGGAGGAAGAGAUUUUCGAUGUUGACGAGAAAAAAAUUGCAAGCACGCGAUCCAGAACGCGCUCAAGGUCACGCUCUAGGUCUCCAAAAAGGAGAAGAUCAAGGUCACGCUCUGGCUCACGCAAACGUAAACACCGCAAGAGGUCACGCUCACGCUCCAGAGACCGCAAGAGAAAGUCGUCACGCUCCUACUCCAGUGAAAGACGUGCCAGGGAGCGGGAGAAGGAGCGGCAAAAGAAGGGACUGCCUCCAAUUAGAUCCAAGACUCUAAGUGUGUGCAGCACGACUCUGUGGGUGGGCCAGGUGGACAAAAAGGCCACUCAGCAGGACCUCACCAACUUAUUUGAAGAGUUUGGCCAGAUUGAGUCAAUCAACAUGAUCCCUCCCAGAGGCUGUGCCUACAUCUGCAUGGUCCACAGACAGGAUGCAUACCGUGCCCGCCAGAAGCUCAGCACCGGCUCCUUUAAGAUUGGCUCCAAAAUCAUCAAGAUUGCAUGGGCUCUGAACAAGGGGGUAAAGCAAGAGUACAAGCAGUUUUGGGAUGUGGAUCUUGGUGUCACCUACAUACCAUGGGAGAAGGUGAAGGUGGAUGACCUGGAUGGCUUUGCUGAAGGAGGAAUCAUCGACCAGGAGACCGUUAAUGAUGAGUGGGAAGCUGCAAAGAAUGCUGAGCCAGUUAAGGAAGUUCCAAGUCUGCCAGUUAGUGUUGAGACUACAGUAGUCUCUAACGCCCAGACUGAGGCCUACAACCAGCAGGUCACCAUGAUGCCAGUGCAGCUGCCAGUGGCCCAGGCUGUUCCCAGUGCUGUAGGUUUGGUACCACCGAGCUUCCCUGUCACCAUGAGCUUGCCUCCGCCAGGCUACGGACCUCCACCACCCUUUAUAAGGGCUGGGUUUAAUGCCUCACAGCCUCCACCAGGUUUCCUGCAGGCAGCACAGACAGCAGGAAUGGCCUCAGCAUCUGCUUUGGUAAGCAGCCAAGACUCUCUCAAGGAUUCACCAUUCGGCGCCAUGAUUCCUCCGACCAGCACGAUCCCAGGUGGCUUCAUGGCAUCAGCCAUCCCUGGAGCUGGUGUGUUCAACCCAGUGGGAGUCCAAGCUCAGCAUGCGGCCAAUGACAAGGCAGCCCAGUCUGCAGAGGGUAUGGAAGCUGCUGCAGAGCUUACACUGCAAGGGAUGCAAAAUGCAGUCCGCAGUGGGAUGGGUCUCCUUGGCAUGCAUCCUACAUCCCUCACACACCAACUGCAUCAGUCUGGUCUGGCCGGACAGAGGAUGCCUGGCCUGCUGCCUCUGGAUGUGCGACCUAACCUCCUUCAACCAGGGGCCGCUGCCCGCUUCCCACUUCUCAUGCAGCAAAGUGCUGCCCAGCAGGCCGCCAGCCUCCUCGACAGUUCCCUCCAGGCCCAAGCCCGUGUCAGGGCUCCUUUCGCUCAGCUGGACCCCUUCAACAGGGUUCCAAAUUUAGUCAAUGAAAGCUUGUCUAAGAAAGAAGAUGAGUCGCCGUCUGGAGCUGAUGAAGGCAAAGACCAGGACUACCGCUUCCCUCCGAUGGAAAAGCAGAGCACUGGCUUGCUGAGGACCCCUCCACCAGAGCACAGGGAGUCCCUUGGAGGUGGUGGAGGAGGAGCAGGAGGUGGUGGAGGUGGCAGGCCUCCUUUGCUUCAGACCCCAGGGACUCAGCCAGCCAGAACCAGCCUAGUGGGACGUCUGCAGGCUCUUGCAGGCUUCACCCCUGAUAGCCGCUGGAACCAGACCAGAGGGGACUUUGAUGAGCGGGAUGGUAUGCGAGGCGGUAUACAGGCCCCAAGUGUCCCAAAAGGCUUCCAGGAAGAGCGCCCCACACUUGGGCAGAACUUUCCAAACCGCUUUGACAGCCGUCCUGGGAUCGCAGGAGGUGCAGCUGGGGUUCCGGUAAAUGCUGGAGGUGUUGGUGGGCCACAGGCCUGGAACCGUAGUGGUGGUGCAGCAGCAGCAGCAGCAGCAGCACCUUUCGACAGUGAGCUACACCAAGACCUUGAUGAACGAAGGCGCCCCUGGGACAGACAAAGAGACAGAGAUGAAAGAGAUUUUGACUUCAGGAGGGAAAUGAAUGGCAACCGCCACAGCCGAGAGAGAGAGAGGGAGCGUGAGAGGGAGAGAGACAGGGAUCGAGGCCGAGACCGCACCAGAGAGCAUGAUCGUGACAGAGAUCGUGACAAAGAGAGAGAUCGUGAGAGGGAACGUGAACGUGGGGCACCUCUCCUCCCGCUGCCUACACCGCUGCUUCCAACUCCACCUCUGAAUCCCAACCUCUCUCUGAGUCAAGGCAAACUGCUUGCUCCGCUCAAAUUGAGCCCCCAGAUUCAGUCACGAUUCCAGUCCCCACUCCUGCCCCAAGCUCAGGCAACACCUCUCCUGGGCCUGAAUCAGCCGCUGCCCCAGGCUCAGGUUAAGUCUCCACCUCCAUCACAGAGCCCUGCAGCGGAGGCCGAGCCAGAGUCCGAUACCCCAGCCCUAUGUAAGACACCUACGACACAGUCGCCAUCCCCUUCCCAAUCACCUAACCCUUCAUCAGACAGCAAAGGUCUGAGCCCAGUGACUGAGGCUCCCACUGUGUCGGAGUCCCCACCACCAUCUAUGACCCCUACACAAACUGAAUCUCCAACCCUGCCUAUGGCUCAGUCCCCCUCCAAAUCCUCUGCUUCUCCCGACACUGAGACCCAGUGCCCGGCCUCACCGCUGGCUGAGGCCUCACCCCAGGACUCACCUGUGGCCUUCACUGAAGCUGCCAGCCCCCCUGAAGAGACGUCUCACUCUCUGGAGGAGCAGGAAAGCCCACAGAAGGAUGAUGAGGUGUCACAAGACAUGGCCUCUUCACCCCAACCCCAGUGGGUCAAUGGAUCUGGGACGGACAGUAGCACUGUGGCUGAACCUACACCCGAGGCCUCCCCUGACCCCUCUCCUGACGCCUCUCCGAACGCCUCUCCUGACGCCUCUCCCGAACCCUCUCCUGAGCCCUCUCCUGAGCCUAUUAAAGAACCCUCCUCUGAUUCUGUGCUCCCUGAAAGUGAGGCAGAGCGGCAUCAACAGGUGCAGCCUGACUCUCCUAAGGACAUAGACAAUGAACAGAGUGAGCCCAUGGAGGAAGCUGCGAGUCAGCCUGUGGUAGACACUGUCACAGACACUGAGGGGACAUAAUCAUCACUCAGUAGGUAAAAGAUCAUUUUGUAAAGUUGUCUCUUCUUCUCUGUACUCAUGUCAGCAAACCACCACCACCACCACCUUUACCACCACACGGGACAUGGUGAAUACAGACUCACAGCAGUUAUUGUCUGAUAACCAAUAACAAAUGAUUUUAUCUCUCACAAAUACCAGUGUACUUAAAUAGAAGCCUCUAGCUGAUUUAUUGAUAGAAUAUUUUGUUUGUGUUUUAUUUACUUUUUCCUUUUUUAAGUUGUAAUGCCACCCACCCGUUUUAAUUAAUCUAAGCUUGGCAUAUUUUAUUGAAUUGCCUACCAAAAUGUUUCAAUUGUAUGUGGGGGAAAUAAGCGUUGACCUUCCUAUGGAAGAGAGUAAGAAAUCCUGGCUGUUCGACAAUGGAUUGAAUACACUCAAUACUUGAAAACAGCAGCCGCUGGCGCCGUUUCUGUCUCCUUUUAAAAAAAAAAAAAAAAAAAAAACUGCUGCAAAGAUUUCAGCGAAUGCUUUUGUGGUGACCUCUACAAUGCUUUCUGUUAUCAAGCAGAACAUAUAGCCCGCAUACAGUGAGACCAGUACAGCUGCUUUAUUUGGAAGAAAUGAACAUUUUUGAACUGCAAACAUAAAAAUGUGUCCCCCAAAUAAAUGUCUGUAAUCACUUUCCAGUUAUUCAGUGAGAGCAAAAAAAAGAAAUGACAUACCAGAAAAUCAACAGAGGGAUGUUCUUAUGUUGGGUACAUAUUGUUUUAGUUUGAAAUAAACAUGCUUUGUCUGUUUCAAAAACAUGCUUUAGGACUGUUUUCUGACCCAGGACCAGUGGAAACUCAGACUGCUAUACUGACUUGUACACAUUGUGUGCUGUCACUUCAGUCGAUUUGAUGUUCUCGUAACUGAAGUUGCUGCUAUACCAUCCAUCCACAGAGCACUUUGUUGGAUGCAACAGUGGGAUUUGUAGUUUUUUUAGUUUCUGACGACUUCAGCCUGUAUGUUUCCCGAAGCUUUUGCUGGGUGACUGUUGAGGAUGGGAUUGUGCCUUUUUGAAUGGAUUUGACGUUUAUGAUGCUACCCAACACUUCUGUGUGAUUUACACCAGACUGUGCUUGCAACUCGGUAUCUGACAGCUCUAUGAACACAAUGCUAUCUGCACAGAAUUGACUGGCCUACAGUUUAAAUAGUAGCUGGGCAGUUUGUACAGCACUCACCUAGAGGAGAACACGUCUAUUUACUCCAUUGUUCUGUGCAUGCAGGCCUGUAGCCAUGUUUUAACCUUCCUGUCUCUUGUUCAUUUCAUACUUGUAGUGCUUUUCUGUUGAGACAUAUUGCUAGAUAUCCAUAGUCUGUUCUCUCAGACCAAAUGUCUACUACAGGAGUUGUGAUGUUGAAUAAAAGUUGAAGGUGCAUCAGA